AUGUCCACCACGUCGUCCCAGCCCCAGAAUCCAACUCCCAAGACCCUCUUCAUGCACCAAACUCCUGCAGCCGCUGGUCCAACAGAGGGGACCAAAGAUGAACACACCGGGCUGACCAAACUCCCCAAUGGCGUCGUCCUAGACAAGGACGGAAAGCCAUGUCGCCUCUGCACCUCCGCCGCAUCCUGGCGCUCUCUCACCAAACAAGCCAAAGCUUCACCUUCCUCUUCCUCCUCUUCCUCCUCAUCCACCCCCGCCUCGAGCACAACAUCCACCUCCAGCCCCCCUCCCCCAAAAGCAUCCCCCACAGCAGCCGCCUCCACCGCCGCCACCGCCGCCGCAGCAGCAGCAGCAUCAUCAACCACCCUCCCAACCGAAUCCCAAACCCAAUGCCCCCCCGACGUCGAAGAACUAGGCCGCUCAACCUGGACCCUCCUUCACUCCAUGACAGCCGCCUACCCCGCCCGCGCCUCGCCCGAGCAACAAACCGACAUGCAGUCCUUCCUGCGCCUCUUCGGCCGCCUCUACCCGUGCUGGGUGUGCGCAGACGACUUCCGCACCUGGAUGGCGGAGCCGAGUGGGCGCAACCAGCCGCGGCUGGGUGGGCGCUCCGAGUUCGGGACGUGGAUGUGUGAGGCGCAUAAUGCUGUUAAUCGGAAGUUGGGGAAGCGGGAGUUUGAUUGUCGGUUUUGGGAGGAGAGGUGGAGGACCGGGUGGAAGGAUGGGAGGUGUGAUUGA